CAUAUAUCCUGAGGGAGAAGCCGUCAGCCAUCCACAGAGAGCGGUCACCAUGUCGGGGAAGGACGGGACGAUGUGGCCCCUCUUACCGCUGCUGCUGCUCGCUUUGCUGCGACCCUGUACCGCUGGAGCCAUGUUUACUCAGCAGUGUGACUCAUCCACAGAUGGCACCAUCUACAAAUACUACGCAAGGACUCUAAACGGUAGCCGCACUGUGAACUUCAGCGACUACACAGGCAAAAGCGUCCUGGUUGUUAAUGUCGCUACAUACUGAAGAUACACAUAUCAGUAUGUGGAACUGAAUGCACUGCAAGAGGAAAUGAAACAUCUUGGUCUCAUUAUUCUUGGCUUUCCCUGCAACCAGUUUGGGAAACAGGAACCGGGGCAAGCACAUGAAAUUCUGCCGGCUUUAAAGCAUGUCAGACCAGGCAAUGGAUUUGUUCCAAACUUCCUGUUGUUUGAGAAAGCUGAUGUGAAUGGAAAAAGUGAGCAGGAAGUUUUUACGUUCCUUAAAAGCGCCUGUCCUCCGGUGGGGGGUGACUUUGGCAGCCCCAACGGCAGAUUGUUCUGGGAGCCUUUUAAGAUCAGUGACAUCAAGUGGAACUUUGAGAAGUUUCUGGUGGGACCGGAAGGGAAGCCGGUGAUGAGGUGGCACCCAAGUGUCAACAUAUCUACGGUCCGAGCUGACAUUCGCAGUUACCUGUUCAAACUGUACACACAAGAUGUUUUUAAUUAGAUGUGAUUGUACAAUGUUAUCCAUCUAAUGUUCACAGUAUAUAUAUUUUACUUGGUAGUGCUUAUAAUGUAACAGUUGUAAAUGCUGUAACAGUUCUUGCUGCAUGAAGAUGGCAUGUCGAAUGAAGAGGAGGCUUGAAAACAGAAAGCCUGUGGUGUCUCCUCGGAGUCUGGGGUUCAGGCCAGUUUUUCAGUGCAUUCAAGCUGUCCUGCAAUCCCAAAGCACCAUGCCAUCUUCUCAUCCCAGGACCUGUUAGCCACUACAUCACACGUUACUUUCAAUAAAUCAUAGAAAAGGC